UUUGAGACAACAGAUAUAAGUUGCGAUGGGAGAGGAGCGUCGGAUUUGGUGUGUAUCCCCCAUUUCCAAUUAUAGAUGGAUCAUUACAGACAGCGGAGUCCUGAGAAGCCAGACAUCUGCUCCUCACAUGAAUGCACUCACCUCCUAGAGACCAGGCUGCCAUCAUGCUCUGGAAGCUCGUGGAGAAUGUCAAGUACGAGGAUAUCUAUGAGAUGUUAGUCCACACCUAUUCAUCCAUGGACCGGCACGAUGGCGUCCCGAGCCACAGCUCGAGGCUCUCUCAGCUGGGCUCGGUGUCCCAAGGACCUUACUCAAGCGCCCCGCCGCUGUCCCACACCCCGUCAUCGGACUUCCAGCCCCCCUACUUUCCGCCUCCCUACCAGCCGCUCCCCUACCACCAGAGCCAGGAUCCUUACUCCCACGUCAACGACCCCUACUCCCUGAACCCAUUGCAUCAACCCCAGCAGCACCCCUGGGGGCAACGGCAGCGGCAAGAAGUGGGUUCGGAAGCCGGCUCUCUCCUGCCUCAGCCUCGGGCCGCCUUGCCCCAGCUCUCGGGCCUUGACCCUCGGAGGGACUACCACUCGGUCCGCCGGCCGGACGUGCUGCUUCAUUCGGCUCACCACGGCCUGGAUGCGGGCAUGGGUGACAGCCUCUCCUUGCACGGCCUCGGCCAUCCCGGCAUGGAAGACGUCCAGUCAGUUGAAGAUGCCAAUAACAGCGGCAUGAAUCUAUUGGACCAGUCUGUCAUUAAAAAAGUUCCGGUUCCUCCCAAAUCUGUAACUUCUCUAAUGAUGAAUAAAGAUGGCUUCUUGGGAGGCAUGUCUGUCAACACCGGCGAGGUGUUUUGCUCCGUCCCGGGUCGCUUGUCUCUCCUCAGUUCAACUUCAAAGUACAAAGUAACUGUGGGAGAAGUUCAGAGACGGCUCUCCCCUCCUGAAUGCCUCAAUGCAUCUCUCCUGGGCGGCGUCCUCAGAAGAGCCAAAUCGAAAAAUGGGGGUAGAUCUUUGCGAGAAAGGCUAGAAAAAAUCGGUUUGAAUUUACCCGCCGGCAGGCGUAAAGCAGCAAAUGUCACGUUACUCACCUCCCUGGUGGAAGGAGAAGCUGUUCACUUAGCUCGGGAUUUUGGGUACAUUUGCGAAACAGAAUUUCCUGCUAAAGCUGUCUCUGAGUAUUUGAACCGGCAGCACACGGACCCCAGUGACCUGCACUCCCGGAAGAAUAUGCUGCUGGCCACCAAGCAACUUUGUAAAGAAUUUACGGAUCUGCUGGCGCAGGACCGGACACCGAUCGGGAAUAGCCGGCCCAGUCCCAUCCUGGAACCGGGCAUCCAGAGCUGCCUCACGCACUUCAGCCUCAUCACGCAUGGCUUCGGCGCCCCGGCCAUUUGCGCGGCGCUCACGGCCCUUCAGAACUAUCUCACCGAGGCGCUCAAAGGCAUGGACAAGAUGUUCUUGAACAACACCACAACUAACAGGCACACGUCUGGGGAAGGCCCAGGUAGUAAAACUGGCGACAAGGAGGAGAAACACAGGAAAUGAAAAAAAAAAAAAAAAAAAAAAAAUUAAAAGAAGGAAAAAUGUUUUAAAUACAAAAGAAAAACAAAAAUAAUUUUAGCUUUAAAAUAUUGGAUUGGCUUUGGAAGAAUUAUAUUAGGUAGAAUACACAUACAAUCACAAAUUUAAAAAAGAAAGCUAAAUAACUUAAAAAAAAAAAAAAAACUGAGGCGUACAACGGAGCAACAAUAUCGGUUCUCGGUGUCAAUUUCAAGAUACACUUGGAGACAACCGUCCGGAUUUUCCACUUCGGUUCUUUCGAGCUUAGUAAUACUGAUAAUAAAAGAAAACUAUGAUUCCCCCCCCCCCCUUUGGAAAAUAAACAUAAGACUAAACACGAGAAACGCUAACUUAUUGGAAGAAAAUCGGAGAAACGUUGGUGUCAGAGCUUUGAGAGCUGGUUGACUGAGACGCACGAACUUUUUAAUUUUUAAUAUUUUUUUUUUUAGGAAACUUGCAGUCCCCGCCCUCCAUCUCACCUGACACCUCUCCCAGCCACCCUUUUUCUACGUUGCCCUCCCUUCCUCACACUGUUACGGGAAUCUUCGGGGAUGGAAAUGAGUGUUAUUAACCCUUUUGCGUUGUUUCAGUCCCUUUAGUACCCCAGCCCCACCCCGCGUUCUUACUCACCGGUGCCCAACUCCCUGGUGGUUUGCAUAACUAGGGAGGGCAAGGGCGGGCAGGGCGGGCGGCCUGCGGAGAUGCAGGCGGAGGCCGCAGCUUUUGGUGCCGGCCAGCGGAGCAGAUUUUCCGCGGCUGAGGAAAAUCCGGACCAAAAAGUUGAUUCAGACGCAUCAUCAGUUCCUUUCAGAAAUGUUACUAGUUCCCAGACUUGCCAGCAUCUGCAUACAGAGAAUCUUGCAUUUGUUAUAAUAUUUGUGUCAUCUACCAAUUUUAAGAACGAUAGUAAAAAAAUAUGAAUGCGUUGAUUAGUAUGUAAUUCCUUCGGAGGGGUAUGUACCAUUUCAUUCUCUUCUGUUUUCCAAAGCUUUGCCCGCAUGGUUUAUGAGCUUCUUCAAAGAGGACUUGGGCUUCCUACACAAUCUAUAAGGUACUGAGAAAAAAAAUCCGAUCCCUUUUUAAUCAAAGCCUGUAUGUCAGAAUUCUGCAGGUGCACUUCUUUAAAGAAGCUCAAAGGGAAUAAUUUAGAAAGUGGCCAAUAUGAUGGAAGCAGCUUUGAAUCUACUAACAUACCUCAACACUUGAAUUCCGGUGGUGUGGGGGGGGGGAGGCUGCAAAACGAAUUUUAAGAGAAAAGAGUAAGGGUUCUUGCAAACCCCUAUAUUCUAAUAGUAUUAACCUCACUUAAAAUGGAUUCGAUCUCCCUGGGCUCUUUGGUGAUUGCUGUUUUAGUGGGGAGAGAAAUAGCUUUGCACGCAGAGGUGGGAAAGAGGGUGGUACAAGCCCCCGUGUUACUGCAACAAUUGCUUUCUUACAAGAUGCUUUAUGAAUGAGGCAUUUUCUCUCCCAGACAUGCACUUGUUUUGGCAUAUGAUGAUACAAUAAUGCAGAAUGAAAGGAGAUGUAUUUCAGCUUCGAAUUUUACCGUCUGGAUACACUGUGACUACUCCCAGUGGAUAAAGUUUCAUGCAUUUAAUGUUUCUCACUUCUAGCAGUCCCUCUCCUUUCUCCAGCUCUAUCUUAGUAUUAUCAUGAAAUAAAAUCUGGAAUCCAUUGUUGCAUCUUCCUAAAAGCAGUGAAAAAUCCCCUGAGGGUAGUGGUGAAUGAGAUAGGUCUCUAAAUUUAGUGAAGGGACAAGCUCCUUCUUUAAACAAAGUAGGCAGGACCUUUGCAACAGCACUGGAAGAUAAAGAUCCAGAUGUUGUUCCGCAAGACUUACAGAUAGGAUCCAUUCAAAUCCCUUGGCCUCUCAUUUUUGCAACUCCCUACACUGCCUUGGGGCCAGAGGGAAGGGUUGGGAUUUUAGGAACCUGCCGAGAGCGUUGCUCAGAGUCGGGUGGGGAUUAGGGAACUGGUUUCAGGUCAGCAGGAGGACCCAAGCCACGGGUAAGGACCUACCCCAGCUCCUAUCCCUUGCUCCUUUUCGGGUCUGUGGGUCUUCAGUACCCAGUCCUAGACUGAGAUGAAAGGAGCACAAAGGCCGGGAACAAGACCUUAGGGAAAGUGUAGACACUCAUCUUUGUCCCAUUCAGAAGCCCGUGCCUUUGACCGAGAACCUGGACACUUGCAUUAGAUGUGUUCUGAUUGCACAAGGCCGGGAGAAAUCACACUGAAAACCAUCGUCUCCUUUCCUUGCAGGGCAACGCGCCCCACGCGUGUGACGUUCGAGAGACGCGAUGGAUGCGCCUUGCUCUUACUGUGCAUGUCCUGAGAGCAUGUGGGCCACUCGCGCCCAGUCGUGUUGAGGACAUAGAAUCAGCCGCUGCAGGGGCCGCCGGCAGCACCGGCCCAUCUCGCUCUCGGUCUCACCCUAAGGGCUAAGACGACCGAGAAAGCCCCGUUCUCCAGUAGGUAAAGGGGCGGCGCCCCAUGGGCUGCAGGCGGGGUGGGGGCCCGGCGCUGCGUAAGCCCUUUGCUACCAGCGACCACCCCGGGUCCCUGCUCCCAGAAGGAAGUGGCCUAGAAAUGUCCAAGGAACGGAAGCUUUCCUCUCUUCUCCUCUGUCAGGACGGAAACUCACCCCACCCUCUUGCUCCUAAAGGGGGGAGGUGGAAUGAGUUCACUACCCCCGCUCCUUCCCUCACUUCUUUCAUGUAGGACCCCCGCCCCCAUGCUUUCGUUAGGCAGGCCUGCUACGUUUAUCUGAUAAUUGAGUUAUUAAAAGAUUUGGUUUCCUUGGGCUUAUAAAUCAAUAAACAGUAGGAUUAACGCAAGAGUUUGCCUUUUAAGUCAAGGAAAACGUUUAAGGCAAGACCCUUUGAGCUUUGUUUUUUAAAAAAACAGGUGAGUUGCAGCUCUCGCCCACCCCGGCAUCCUUAGACAUUUUAGCAGUGCCCGCAUGCCCCUUUCUAAAUGCUUGGUCCCUAAAUCAAAAUAGCUAAAAUAGAUAGGAGUCAGGAUGUGGCAGCCGAGCCCUCUCACUUCCACUCUGCAAGUUCUUUUAGAGGCUCUAAACAUAUCCAGGCCAUUGUCUGCCCAGUCCUGCCUCCUUCCUACUUGUAGGGAGUCUCUGGGGAGCAACGAAAAGGCUGUUCUGGGUGAGGAUUUCAUCAUGAAGGGUAUCUUUUAACGUCGGCCCCCAAUGAGAAGUAAAUGUCUUUCCUCCCCUCCCCACCCCCGAAUUAACUUGCCUUUUCUUUCCUUUUUUCUGGCCUCUACAUCCUUAGCUUUCUCCACCCCCACAUAAAGAACCGAAGAGGCUUUCAAAGGCCCGAUUUGUUUUCUUUGGCCAAGGAAAGCACUUUCUCUCAAGCAUUAUAUCAUAACUUAUGAAAACUUGGGUAGAAUGGAAAACCCGAAACCCAGAACUCAUCACACACUGUUCUACUGGUCCAACGCGUUCCUAGUUAGACUGUUUAUAGAAAAUUUGUCAUCACAUCUGAUAUCCUGUACUUGUAAUACAUUAUGUGGAAAGGAAAUAAUAAUCUUAAACCAUCUGAUGUUGCCUCAAGAGCCCAGUGUUUCCCCUCCUUUGCUGAUGUAUAUUAAAUUAUUGGCAUAGAGAAAUAUUGAAAUUUGUUCAUUUUUUUAAAAAAAUGGAGUGAAUACUAUCCUUUAAAUGCCCAAAUGGACUCCUCUUUUGAGUUGGUCUUAAUUCGCUAACACUGUUUUUUGCCACACAAUCAAGAAAUAUCAUCUAUUGACUCUUCAUGAGAAGAGCUCUGGAGGGUAUCCAUGUUAAGUUUGUAUAUAUUUAUUUAUGCUUAAUUUAAUGGGAAUGUGUAAAUAUGGCGAGCAAGUAGUUUGGGAUUAUUUAUCUGUGAAUCUAUACCUCUGUGAAUGGGUGGUUAAAAAAAAAAAAACACCGCUUGACCCUAGGUAGAAUCUUAUCUUUUUCUGUUCUUUAUAGACAAGCUGUUAUGGUAUUGGGUAGAAAUUGAUUUAUUGUCCAGUGUUGAUCUGAUUUACAUAAAUAAAGAUUGUUGUGUUUUUGUUGUG